UUGACGCUCAAAUACUGCUUACAGUUGUUGGUAGCUAACUACAGAAUUGUAGCCAUAUUAGCAUUGCUAUGAAAUCAGUCAAAACACCUCAAAACAAGACAUUGUAUCAAGAACAAAUAUGAAACUAACUGAGACGAGUCACUUACGAUUCCCCACAUGGCAGUUUCGUGUCAUUGUUGGUAGCUAGCUAUCUGGCCAUCCAGAAUCACAACUCAGAGACUUUUUCCCCAUUGAAGCGUCCGUAUCGUUUUCGUGACGUUGUCAGCUAACCCAGCUAUGGGCUGUCUGAUUGAUCUCUACACUCAUGAGUCAAUGACAGAAAAUGGGCGGUCCGAAAACUAGCGUAAAGCUCCUCCAAUGUUGUCAUUUUGAGAUUGCAGCGCGGAUUGUAUGAUUGAUGUCCAGUUAUUUCCAACCCACAUUUUGAACAAAAUCUCACUGUCUUCUUGAUAUUUUAUUAGGCGUAACCGGAUUUAAAGAACCUCUGGCAUCAUGAGUAAAGUGCAAGGUGGGAUGAAAUGCGUGAAAUAUAUCCUUUUUGUUUUCAACUUCAUAUUCUGGCUGUGUGGCUCGUUGGUGUUGGCGGUGGGAUUAUGGCUGAGGUUUGACCCAGAGACAGUCCAGCUCCUGACUGGAGAGGAAGCCCCUGAGACCUUCUUCAUAGCCGUGUACAUACUGAUUGGUGCAGGUGGGGGCAUGACGCUGGUGGGAUUCUUUGGUUGCUGUGGAGCUGUGAAGGAGUCACAGUGUCUCCUUGCGUCGUUCUUUGCCUGCCUUCUUGUAAUCGUUGGUGCAGAGGUUGCUGCAGGUGUGUUUGGAUUCAUAAGCAAAGACAAGAUCAUUGAAGAUGUUCAAAAGUUCUACAGUGAAUCUAUUUCAGAAGGUUCUGAGAAUUCCAACCGCACUGCUAUAGCGGCCAUUUACCACGAUGUUCUGAAUUGCUGUGUGGACUCCGUGAGUAACCCGUCUCAGUGUCUUGACGCUGAUGAAGACCGCAAGGACUGUCGGAAUGCAAUAAUGGACUUUUUCAAUGAAAAGCUCUACAUUAUCGGAUAUGUGGGGAUUGGUGUUGCAGGAGUAAUGGUCAUUGGUAUGAUCUUCAGUAUGGUCCUCUGCUGUGCAAUUCGGAACAACAGGGAGGUGAUAUAAAAAGAGCCAGUAGCUUCUCCCACCCUGCAGGCUUAAUACAGACUCACCAGCUCUUUAUAAUCACAAUGCCUGAACAAUGAGGGGACAUCACAUCUGGGACGGUGGACAGGGGGAGCCUUUUUUUUUUACACAAACGUUCUGAGUCCAGGGGUCAAUUUAGUGGUGCGGGUGUGAUAUCACAACACUCAAAUUAUCACAGGGAUUUCCCCUUCCCCUGGACAGAGGCAGUUAGACCAGACCACCUCUGUCUUCUCUGGCAUCUCUGUAACCUGAAUAACUGGCCUCUCACUGCACGCCUCUCCAAGCACAACGUGGCUCAGCAUUUGGCACUACUCUGAGACAUUCCCAAUUUUUAGCAUCCUCUAACACUGCUAGCAUUCCAUGUUCAUGUAAACUCUUCCACUUUGACGCAGGAAUGUGAUGGGUGAAGAGCAUUGCUGUAAAUACAAACUCCUUUGUGUGCUGUUUUUAACGUUAUUUAUCCAAUAUCUUGUAACCUCAGUUUAAGGGUUAAUUGUGUGUACAGAGCUACUGUAGUCAUCCAUCGCCUGCUUGUAAAUCUGUAUUUAGGUCAGUAAUCUUAACUCCAGGCCUUGAGUUUUACAUAACUGUUUUUGGGACUUGCGCCUAUGCAUCAUACAUUUCAUUACUCACUAAAUGCCUCAAAUGUGCAUCUUUGUACAGACAAGCCCAAGCAACCUAUUCCUACCACAGCUGCAUAUUUUACUUUAACAACCUGUAUGUUGUUGUCCUUUAUUUGGCCCAUCAGCAAAGUGUUGCUCUGCUAGAAUUAUUCCCUGUUGGAAAAGAGCAGGUUUCAGCUGGACCGACUUUCUGAAUAACUAUUGUCAUCAAUAUUCUGUGUCAGGGAGGCAGCUACAUUUUAUGAAGUACUGUUCUGUCAUUCUGUCAAUGUCCAACCUCCUGAUGUCUGGAUGUUCAAGCUUUUUGCAUUGUCCUGUGUGAGGUCUCAGAGAACACAACGUGUGAACUGUUCCAGUGAGUUAGUGUAUAUUUUGAGUGAAUUCUACUGGGUGUUAAUAUUGUGUGCACAUAGUCGGCUACACUGUUGUAGAUCCAGGUUAUGUAUGCUAAUAAUGUCAAACAAAAAAGAAACCAUUGAAUGCUUUUAUUUUAUCAGCUUGUCCAUUUUGUAGCUGUUGCCUGUAAAAUACAGUGCUAUGAAAAAGUA